AUGUACUCGGUAGAAACCUUCCAACAGUCACAAAAGUCAAUCGUCAGGAUGGACCCCGAUUGCGCUAUCUGCCGUGCUCCGGCAACCGCUGCCUGUGACUGUGAGGCCAAGGGCCUCGAGAUGGCCGUCAAGCAGGCCGAGGCCCGUAUGAUGCAGUCCAUUUACAACGAUAUCCGAUCAUGGGUGCGAGCUCAUGCUCAAGAUUACAUCCUCGAUCACUUCCGCCAGUUGACUGAGCGACGAAAGACGGCACAUGCCACAUACCUGGACCGCAUCACAACUCACGCCUGGCAAUACUAUCAGGCACCACCUCACCCCAAUGAACUCGCCAACGCCCAAGCCCAGUUGAAGCGCGGCAUCGACGAGGACUGGCAGGCUUCAGUACAACGAUACCCCGAGGUGCUCGAGUACUUCUACAGCCUAGUCGAGCUGACGCUUCCGGAUGAUGGCGAUGCAUCUGUCAAGGACCCUCCUCUCAAUGCCCUUAGCGGACCCAGGAGACUGAGCACAAGGACGGCACCCGGUGCUCCAGCAACCGUGGCCAGCGGCCGCAGCAUGACCUACGACAGAGAGAUCACCCCCUUGCCUGCCAUGCGACGGACGCCUCCUCCCAUUGAGCCAGUCCGUGGAAGUGACAGGCGGACACCAGCACCAAGGGAGCGCAGACACUCUUACCGGGCACCACACCCUGGACCGCCAACGUACUAUCCUCAGCAACCAUACUAA